UUAGGAUCAUCGCCAGUUACUCAGCGGAAUGGGCUGGCACGUGCUAUCUGAGUCACAUGACUUGUGUAUGUACUUUUGAUCACAUGAUCAACAACAUGGCUGCCGAAUGAAAACAAACUUCCAGUCUUCCUGAGUAAAUGACGAUGUCCCUUUUAUCGUGGCAAGAAUGAAGGGACUGGUUGUUAUAAAUCCUUUGCCAGACAUCGUGUUCUUCUGGGGAGACGUUGAAUUUACCACACACAUCAACCGUCUUGGAGCGAGAGAGGGUAUUGCCGAACAGAAUGGAAUUUCAGAUGAAGUGGACCAGAAUGCCCUGGUGCAGUUCUUCUCCCCACUGUUGGCAUCCCACCGUUUCCUGAAAGCAGAGUUGGACAACCCUUACAGUUCUAUCAGCUGUGAGAAUGGCUUCCUGUUUGUGCUCAGACAGUUUGGAGAGCACCUGCACAUAGCAGUGUGUGGAGAUGGUUCAGAGACAGAGGAGUUCCUGAAGAGAAAGCUGUAUGUCUUCCGAAGGCUUGCAGGGGUGCACUAUGGGCCAGUUAUUGAUGAGCUGCGACCAGACUCCUCCCAUGAUAGGAAGAAACGGUGGACUUACAUGAGCAGGUUGAUCAACACAUGGGCCCACCUGGCCUCCACAGAACAGAGCUUCCUGGUAGAGGCUGUAGAAAGGCUGAAUGUUAACCAGGCUCUGAAUGAGACCUGUAUAAACAUCCUGGAACAGGCCCUGAGUAAGGUGCGGUCAGGCGGGGACAAGCAUGCUGUACACGCCCUCCUGUUGGUCAACACCAAGCUGCUUGCACUCUACUCAAGUCGGAAUGCAUGUGAGCUGCAGGCUGCAGACAUCCUUGCCAUCACCCUGGUAGUGCGGACCUUGUUUCCCACAGGUGAUAGUCUGGAAGAACUGCUGUCCUUCACUCACACUCCAUCUACUCCACUCAGUGUCAGGAGGGUAACUGCAGAGCGUUCCCCAACUCCAUCAUCAACAGAUUACUACAGUCCCAGCUCCAGUGUGGAGGAAACAGAACAGGAGAAAUCAGAGGGUCAGGGGGACAGCAGCCCACAACCUGUGCCAAAUAGGGACCUGUUCCACACUCCCAUCAUUCCCCAUGAACAGGAUAGUUUCCACACCCCCGCAGCUGUCCAGGACAGUUUCUUCACUCCCCAUCAACCAACCCCAGCCAGCCAAAGAGCACAACAGCCAGAACAGAACCCGCUGCUGUUAUCUGCUUGUGAGGAGGCUUUGGAUGAGACAGCGGAGAGUAGUCAGGAGUACUUCCAUAUGCCUGCCUUCCUGCAGACUCCCCUCUGUACCCACUCCCCACACCUACUGCACUGUGUACCCAUCAUGCCUGGCACUGUGCUUGUCAUUGUCAGCGAGGUCCCAAAGAGCCAUCUAGCUGGGCAUAUCUGUCAGUGCCUGUUGACCUUGGUCACCACGGAGAUGCUGCAAGGGAAAACAGGAGGCUCCGCACGGGAUGGUGUUCAAGGGCGAAACCAGGUGGAAGUGUUGGAGGGGAACGUCAAGAGGGUCCUAGAUGCAACUCGUAAGAUGAAGGGUGGCCUUGAGCGGGUGCACAAGGACCUAGUGAACAGAUGGGACCUGGUCAGGAAAGGCGGAUUGUUGGAAUACAUGGACAGUACUGCUGCUAACCCUCCACCAAGAUUGGAAACAGCCCUGUCAGAGUUCACCAGGACACUAAAGGUGCUGUUCCGGCUGCUGUUCCUGACCUACAAGCCCCCUCAGGCAGCUGAGGACAAGCAGAGGGAAACCAUGGAUGCUGUGCAGGAGCUGGUCAGCAGGAAGAUCUCUGACUACAAGGACUACCUGUCAGUCAAGGCUCAGAGGAAUGUUACCAUGACUACCACGUAUCUGGAGGAUUUCCCUGGCCUCAUCCACUUCCUGUACAUAGACCGUUCCAUGGACCUGGUCAUUGCGCCAGCCAUCAAUGUAACAACACACCCGGAGCCUGGAUGCUUUGAUGCAACUGCAGUGCUGAAGGUGAAGGUUUGGGAAAUGGUACGACGGUGGCAGCAUUACCUACAGAACAGCUUUACCUCCUCUGUUGUGAGAGAUGGAGACUUCUGCUACUCCUACUUCCUAUGGUUUGAGGACCCUUCAGGAAACCCCCUAUCACCCCAGCAGCCAGUUAAGCAGGUACAGGGAGCACCUCCUGGUAUCCUGGCAGGGCACUAUUACAGAGAUCUUUGUUCUAGGUGCUUCCCCACCAUGCCAGUGGGUGCAGUGAACUGUUAUGAGUUGAUGUGCAUGCACGUUGGGGUGAUUCCAGCAGAGUUUGUGGCCUCACACUGUCGGAAGCUGGCAGCCAUGUUAUGGGAGACAUCAGGGGAGGCUCACUCGCCCAUCAGCCUACUAUAAAUGUGUCGCCAUGUGUCAUGAGGGAGAAUGUUGCAAUAGGACCAAUAUUGCCUCUAAUGUACAUUUCCCUACAGUAGAAUGACUCUGGUAAAAUGGCAGUGAAAUCUGAAUGCAGAAAAAUGUAUUACCAAAAUUCUUAUAUGAAGUAUUGAAAAGUGACAAUUCUUUACUAUGGGAAAAGAACAGGUGGUUGUUGGCAUGGUAAGCAUCUGAAUCAAAUAGUGCAAUAUAGGUCACCACAAUGAUCUCAGCUGGAUUUUUUACUCUUACUUCCUUCAGUUCACUCAGAUGUAGGAGGUUGUAAGCUGUUUGAAGCAGUUUUGACAGAAAACAUUUAGUGUAUAUAAGUGCCUGACAGCCUAAUAACAGGCCAUUUUGUAGCUUACUAUGUUCCUACUGAGGUGAAGGAAUCAGUUUUACAUUGUUGCAUAUUUUGGUGUUUUUAUCUAAAAGGUGUAAAUAAUGUUUAAGCCUUUGUUUCAAGUCUUUCACCUGUCCUAUUUACAGAAAAGGUGUUGGAAAGUAUUAGACUAUUUAUAGUAGUUAUCAUAAUAUACUGCAGACUGUCGAAAACUGGUAUAUUGAUUGAAGCAUUAAGUAAGUCAGUAAGAAUGGUAAUCUUGAUAAAAGGUCAGGGACAUUGCUUUCAAUCCUUGUAGGACAGAAAUGAUAAAAACAUGUUGUCUCCAAUUUAGGCCACAGCAAGUAAAUUUUAUGGAUGACAUCAGCGCGCGCAUUAAUUUUCGCCUGAUUCAGAAAAAAAA